AUGAACAUAUUAUUGAGUACUAUUCAAAAAAUAGAUGUUUUUGGUGUACCAAUUUUUCUACUUACAAAUAAAAAUAAUCCACUAUAUUAAAGCAAACUUGGUGGAAUUGUAACAGUGGGUUUAGGAAGUAUUAGUCUAAUUUACUUUUUUUAUGUAAUAAUUUUAUGGAUGAGUUAUUCAAAUUGCUCCGAAUAUCAGUACUAAAAAAUAAACUUUAGGUUAUACUGAGUUUUAAUUACAAGAUUCAACAUUAUAAAUAUCAUUGCAAGACUUUUCAGGGGAUGUAGAUCCUUUUCAAUAGCAAAAUAAUAUAAUCACUCCUCUUUUAUUUACAUAUAUAGAUAAAACUAUUUAUGAAGAGCCAAUAGCUUUAUAUAAUACUCUUGAAUAACCCUAUCUAAUACAAUUAAAUAAUGCUUCUCUUAUUUUAAAUACUCUAGAUUAAUAGGAUGUAAAACUUUAAAAGCAAAAACAAUAUUUAAUAGUUUUAGCUAGAUGCUCAAAUGUUUUUGCUGUUAAUGGAAGUUAUUGUGCUGAUGAGAAUACUAUUAAUACUUACCUUUCCAAAUAUCAUGGCUUUCUAUUUUUUAAUAUUAAAUUAAGCUAAUUCAAUUAUAGAACAAAAGAUUUUGAAUAUUUCAAUAAGUUAUAUUAUACAAGUUUUGAUGUUAACUUACCUCAAUAUUCUUAAAUUUUAUUAAAGUAAUAGGAAACUAUUAUUGAUAGUGGUAUAGUAUUAAAUAAUUAUGAACGUUUCUCGUUUCUAAAUGACUAUGAAUUUAUUAAUUAAGUAAUUGAUAAUUCAUUUUCAUAAAAAAUAAUAAAUACAAUGUCAAACUUUACUUAUAAUUUUGAUAGUUAUGGUUGCUAUCUGAUUAGAAUUGACAAUAUAUCAAUUAAAGAAGAGAUUACUCAUCCAAAAUUAGGUUAAAUAUUGGCUUAAAUAGGAUCGAUUGUUUAAUUAAUAUUUUUAUUGAAACAUAUAGUGUUAUAUUAUAAUACAAAAUUAUUAGAAAAUGAACUAUUGAAUGAGAUUAUAACAAUGUAUUAUCCAGAAUUCAAAGUAUUUUAACUUGAUAUUUUUAAUAAAUUUAAAUUUCCAAUUGAUAAAAACAAUGAUCAAUUCAAACCAUCCAUAUCUAAUUUAUAAGAUAAGUAUUUCAAUUUAAAGACAAGAGCAAAAGAAAAAUGUAAACUUAAUAAUAUAUUGUAUGAAAUAUCUAGGAUUUAAUUUAUUCUUUAACAACAGUUUGGGGAUAUAGUAUUAUUAUAAAGUCAUUAGAUGGGUGGAAAAAUUGACCUUAAUUAGAUUGCUUUAGGAAAUAUUAAAGAAUCUAAUAGGCUAUGUGUUAAACCUAUAGAAUCUAUUGAUUUAGAAUUUUCAAAUUAAAAUAUAGACCCAUUAGAAUUAUUAAUAAAAUAAUUUUGA